GAAGGAGGGAAACAGAUCCAUGGGGAAACCGCAUGAUACAUGUGGAGCUAAUCAACUAUAUUUCAUUUAACGACAGGACAGGCCAAAGACAUCUGAAAGCCCAAACACAUCUAAACCCAAAGCUCAACCUGCGUGUUUGUCUACUCUUUAUCACUUGACCAAUCAUCAACUGUGUUUCAUAAGAGAUGCCUCCAAAGAAAAGGACCAGAUCUAGUAAAACAUCAGCAGAUUCAGGUAAAGCUGACCUUGCUUCAGAUGGGUGUAAUGAAACUAUGCCAUCUGUAAAAGAUGCUGAUAAAACAGCAGGGAGCAGGAGAAAAGCUGCAAGUUCAGUUAAAAGUGGAAGUAAGGACACUGCAGACACUACCCCUGAGUACAGUCACUGGCUGAUGAAGUCUGAGCCUGAGAGUCGACUUGAGAAUGGCAUUGAUGUAAAGUUUGGGAUUGAAGAUCUAAAAGCUUUGCCUGAUCAAACUGGCUGCUGGGAUGGAGUCCGCAAUUAUCAGGCACGGAAUUUUAUGAGGCAAAUGAAAGAGGGACAGUUGGCUUUCUUCUAUCACAGUAACUGCAAAGAGCCAGGCAUAGCAGGACUCAUGAAAAUUGCGAAGGAGGCAUAUGUUGACCAUACUCAGUUUGAUAAAAAGGAUGUUCACUAUGAUGCGUCAAGCAAACCUGAAAAUCCCAAGUGGAGCAUGGUUGAUGUCCAAUAUCAAAGAAUGAUGAAGCGAUAUCUUCCCUUGUCAGAGCUUAAAAAGUACUAUCAUCAGCAUAGUGCCAAAGGAGGACCUCUGAAAAACCUUGCUCUUUUUACACGAGCAAGACUGUCAGUUCAACCCUUAACUAAAGAGGAAUAUGACUUUAUUCUGAGUUUGGAAGACAAGGACCCAUUGGUAUAGUCCAUGUUUUUUCAGAAUGUGUGUAAAGACUCCAAAUUCAAUAAAACACAUAUGCAC